AUGCAGAGGGCGGAGGGACAAGGAGAAGGACUGCUGGGGCAGGGCUGGGAAGCGGGUAGCAGGGGAGGGCGGAGGCGCCGAGGUGCGCCAGGCGGCUCCCAUCGCGGCUUCUGGGCGCGAAGCAGAGACGGCGACGGCGGCUGCCGAUCCCUCCCCGCGCGGGCACGCGGGCUUGCGGACACCCACUCGGCCGGUCCAGGCGCUCAGGCUCCCGGAAGCGGAAAGGGAGCGCGGCCGGGCCUGGGCGGCGGCGGCGGCGGCGCCAGCGCCGAAGGAGGAGGAGGAGGGGAAGAGCCGCUGGCGGUCGCGAGAGCAGCCACGGCGAGCGGCGAGCCAGCCGGCGACGGUGAGUGUGUGCGGGCGCGGGCUCGGACGGCCCGGCCCCCUCGGCCCCCGCAGGCCCCCUCGGCCCCGCCUCGCCCGGCUCCACCCGCUGCUCCUCCGGCCGGGCGGCUCUCACCUGUCCCAGCGCCCUCCCGGGCCUCCCUUCCUCCUCCCCGCACCUGCCCCUGCCUCAGUUCGGAUCCCCGGGGCUGCUCGGUGCCCCCCUCGCCCCAGGCCUGGCCUUGCUCAGAGCAUCUUCUGCCAGAGCGGCAGCCGCCUGCCACGUGCCCCUCCCAUAAGUGGUGGUGGAAUGACUUUGAAAGGGAGUUUUGGGAAUUAUGUAACAAGUGUAAUUUGAUGAGACCAAAGCGUUCCCAUCACUGCAGCCGCUGUGGCCACUGUGUAAGGAGAAUGGAUCACCACUGUCCAUGGAUUAACAAUUGUGUUGGUGAAGAUAAUCAUUGGCUUUUUCUGCAGUUAUGUUUCUACACUGAACUUCUUACUUCCUACGCACUGAUGUUUUCUUUCUGCCACUAUUAUUAUUUUCUUCCACUAAAAAAGCGUAAUUUGGACCUCUUUCUUGUUAGACAUGAAUUGGCCAUAAUGAGACUAGCUGCCUUUAUGGGCAUUACUAUGUUAGUUGGAAUAACUGGACUCUUUUAUACUCAACUAAUUGGCAUUAUCACAGAUACAACAUCUAUUGAGAAGAUGUCAAACUGUUGUGAAGAAAUAUCGAGGCCCCGAAAGCCAUGGCAGCAGACCUUCUCAGAAGUUUUUGGCACUCGUUGGAAGAUCCUGUGGUUCAUUCCUUUCAGGCAGAGGCAACCACUGCGAGUUCCCUACCACUUUGCCAAUCACGUCUAAACAGAUGGAUGGUGGGCACAGAUGGGUCCUCCAUGCUGGAAAUGCGUUACAGGUUUUAUGAUAAUAGAACUAUGACAGUCUUCAAGUCAAUUAAAAUCCACCCACCAAUCUUAGGCAUCAUAAUGUGCCCCAGGCUUUAUUUUAAUAGUGAUCUUGAUCCUGUUGUGGGACUCAUACAAGAUGUAUAUUUAAGUUUUAAAGCAUGUUUACUUUCAAAUUAGCUUUCCACAG